CAUAUUUCUACCUAUUAUUUAUUAUAUUAUUUAUUUAUAUGUUUAUUGUACUAGUUAAUUUGUAUUAUUUAAUUUGUUUCGUUGUAUAACAUAAUUUGUAGUCUGAGAAAAUGGUACUCAAUGUCUUGUCGUGUUUUGUGCUUAGAAGCGGAGCUUUAUUUACAAAUGAUACUGAAAGCUCCAGAAAUAGCGCCAUCUAUUGGUGGACCACGAUACAUGCAAGCAUUAAUUGCUAGAUCAGCUGAUCGUGUGAAGUCCAGACCAAAAUAGACAAGCGAUUACCUUUUUGAGUAGGAUUAAUUGUCAAAUUUCCGAAAAAAAGGUUUUUGUUGUUGGUUUUGGCUGGAAGAAAAAUGGUUGGCAGGUUAUGUGCCGAACCUGAAAAAAUGUGUACAAGUGCAUGUGACUAAAAAGUAUAUAUCUCAGUGAAGUGGUUGGCGAAGCCUGAUGCAGAUAUCUUACUUGUAAGUAUACAAUGAUACUGCAAUGUAUAAUUGUUAUACUGAUAUAUUAAUGGUAUUUGUUCUCGCAAAAGUGCACCUUUGCCGUCAACCCAACACAUGCAAUAGAUGGUUGUCCACUGCAGGAGUUUGUCCUCCCAUACCAAGUGCCGUUUUCCAGAUUAGGAUUCGGCACUUAGUCAUAUUUUAUAUAAAACCUGAUACACCACAGACAGGCACCAACACAAGGAAAGAUCUUUCUGCGUGGGAGUCUCUAAUGUAUUUGGCCCUUUCCUUGAACCCCAUGCUAUCUGAGCAAAGCCCGGAGAAGCCAGCGCGUACGCCACACUAGUAAACCUUCCACCAG